AUGAUGCAGUCUCAGUGUACCCUAAUUAGCGCAACCAGACAUCGGUUUCCAAGUCACGAGGUUGUGCCUCAGCAUCGGUUUCCAAGUCACGAGGUUGCGCCUCAGUAUCGGUUUCCAAGUUACGAGGUUGUGUCUCAGCAUCGGUUUCCAAGUUACGAGGCUGUGCCUCAGCAUCGGUUUCCAAGUUACGAGGCUGUGCCUCAGCAUCGGUUUCCAAGUCACGAGGUUGUGUCUCAGCAUCGGUUUCCAAGUUACAAGGUUGUGUCUCAGCAUCGGUUUCCAAGUUACGAGGUUGUGUCUCAGUAUCGGUUUCCAAGUCACGAGGUUGUGUCUCAGUAUCGGUUUCCAAGUUACAAGGUUGUGCCUCAGCAUCGGUUUCCAAGUCACGAGGUUGUGUCUCAGCAUCGGUUUCCAAGUUACAAGGUUGUGUCUCAGCAUCGGUUUCCAAGUUACAAGGUUGUGCCUCAGCAUCGGUUUCCAAGUUACGAGGUUGUGUCUCAGUAUCAGUUUCCAAGUCACGAGGUUGUGCCUCAGCAUCGGUUUCCAAGUCACGAGGUUGACUCAGUAAGUUUGAAUUAUUAA